AUGGCUGUCCCUCAACGGCGACAGUCUUUACUGUUUGAUGUUUAUCAGCAGGCUCAUUUUUCAUUUGAAGACUACAAGGCUAAGGAUGAGGGCAAAUUGAAUAUACCAAGCAACCCCGAGCAGCUUUCUAUCGAUGAUCUUGAUAUGAUGCCGUUAAGUACCAGCUUCGAUAAGCAAAUGUUGCUGGGCUCACCGAUGUACUUGGAUCCUGAAGAACAAGAGGAAAAGCAAAGUAUGGUUAUGGAAGAAUUCUCUCAUCAUGGAACUCACUCAAGUCGCCCAGUACCGAGUGAUGCAUCAAAUCUACAUUUAGAUGAGUACUUUGAAGGCGAUGAUCCAUUUGAAAAUGCUGGCCAAUUGAGAGCCAAAUAUUUGUUGGCGGCAUCGCAGGACUGUGCUUCCAACAUCAAAUAUGAUAUGGACAGAAUGUUCCUUUACCCAAAACCAUUACCAAAGUUUUGGAAAUUCGCGAAGGAUGAGAGACUUAAUGAUGAAAGUACAGCUUCUGAUUAUGAAUAUACUGAGAGUGAGAUAAGACCGGGAUGCUAUUUUCCCACGCUAAGUGAAGAUCAGUACGUGGAGGAAGAGCAGCUUGGUGUACCCAAAAGGUUGGGGAAAGUGCAUUAUACUGGAGAAUUCUUCGAGAUGAGCCAUUUCCAAGAAGAGUUCGAAGCUCACAAACAGCAAUAUGGUAAACGUUCUGAGACUCAUGGUUCCUGUGAAGUGCCAACUUUUGAGGAAUUCAGAAAAGACUUCUUGUCUUUGGUGCAAACGGUACAGUGUUCACCAUUAUCUGAGAUUGCUCAGCGAAGGAUCUAUUAUUUAUUGGAAAAAUUUGAGCUCUUCCAACAUCUGAAUGCCAAAUCUGAAAUUCUAGAGAACAAAAGGGUUCCUUUGCGUGACUUCUAUAACUCUAGAAAAGUAGACCGCGAUGUUUUACUUAGUGGGUGUGCCACGCAACGUCAAUUAAGUGAAUUUAUCUGGGAAAAACUGAAUGUGGAGCCUCACCGUAUAGUUCAUAGGACAUUUGAUGGUAAGGAGCUUACUUUAAGUCAGAUUUUCGAAAAAGAAAACUCUUCCGAAGAUCCAAUGGCAAUUGGGUUAAAGGUUAUCGAUGAUGAAUUUUUGGAAUGGUAUAAGAACGAUUACUUAAUAACCCUGAACUUAAUUCCUUCGAAAGAUGCUGAAAAGACCUUAGCUGGAAAGGAGCUUUAUUUUUACCUUCUGGCAAAGAUAUUUUUGGAUUUCGAUAAUUACUUGGAUGGGGAAUAUCUGGCUGAAAUUUUUAUCAAGUAUUGUGUUCAUACUUUGGAAAAGUCUAAAUACCAACUGGCUCAAAUCUCGGUAGAUUUUAAGUUUUAUGAGAAUGGGGAGAAAUCAUGGUGGAACAGAUUCUCUCACUGGAUCGCAAAAUGGAGAUUAGUCUCUCAUAACAUUCGGUGGAAUGUUCGAAUAUCAAGGGCAUAUUCUAAACUGUUUAAACGCGAUCGAGUAAAGAACUUUCAAGAUUUUUUAGAUUUGCUAUUUGGACCAUUAUUCAUUGAGGAAAAUCAGAAAGAUGUAGAGUUGCAGUUUUUCCUAAUGAAUGUGUGCUGUUUGGAUUUGGUGGUGAGCUCUACAGAUGACUAUCUAUGGCAAGAAUUCGCUGACCCUUCUACUGAUCCCAAGAAUUGGAUGGCGAAAGGAGAUAAUCCGACAAUCAGCCAUUACAUGUACCAUAUUUAUGCUCAUCUGGCAAAACUAAAUUUCCUACGUCAAGACAGUGCCUUAAAUACCAUUUGCCUGAGAAACUACUGCUCCACUCUGUCGAACCGUACGUCACAAGCUGGAUCUGAACAAAAUUUUACCGACCAAGUUGAAGCUCUUAUCUGCAACUUCCUUUUGUGUGAUGCGGGACUGUUACAGGCGGAAUAUAUGUGGGACAGUUCGCCGUUAAUUGCAUAUUUGUAUUACUUAUGUCAAAUUCCAGUGGUUGUGGCGCCACUAUCAUCAGUGUCUCUAUUCUCCUCUCAAUACACCCACAGAGAGAAUUCAGGAGUAUUUGGUGACACUGUUAUGCAAGCUAGCAGAGAUAUUACAGAAGGAGAGGAGCAUACCUACAGAACCAGUCCUUUCAUGGAUAUGUUUAAGAUUGGUAUGAAAGUUUCACUUUCAUCCAAAUCGGUUUUGUUCAAUAGCUCCUACACAAUGGAACCACUGAUUGAAGAAUAUAGUGUGGCAGCAAGCAUUUACCUUCUGAACGCGGCAGAUUUGUGUGAGUUCUCUCGAACCAGCGUUUUGUGUAGCGGUUUUGAAGGUUUUUACAAAGCACACUGGAUUGGUGUAGGACUCAAGAAAACUCCAUUUCUCAAGUGUAAUAUGGGCUAUGUUGAUGAAUGGUAUGACAGAGAGCCAGACACGUCAGCUAGACAUAACGUGCCACUUAUCAGGAGGUUUUACAGGAAACAUACUUGGGAUCAAGAGUGGGAUUUCAUCAGGGAUCAGUUUGACUAA